CACCGUUGAACAAUUUUCGACCAUUUUUACACGAGUUCGUUUCAUCAAAAUCCGACCGAGUUCAACGAAGCGAGUCAAGUUCGAACGACAACUUCCGAAUUGUUGAAAAUCCACUCCAAAAGGUGGCCCAAGUCUAGUACUGACUUAGAACCAAGAACACACACACGUACACAAGUCCCGGCACUACCGCGUGCGUUGCGUGGGGUUGCGUGGAAGAUAAUGAGACAGACUGAACGCAAUGCGAGAAACCUUUGAACAUAGGACUAGAACUUGAGCCUAUUGGUGGUAAGACCGUUUCAAAAUUGUCGUUGGCGAACGAGGUAGACGAUUGGCGUUUUUUGGCGGAAUAUGGGUGACGCGUGACGAACUCCAUGGGGGACAUCGCGUGACAUGCAGAGUGGACGAAUCACGACCAUGACUAGAGAGAUUUCCACGCGUAGAUUUAGAGAGUUUGAAUUGUUCACGAACGAUGCUCCAGCGGGGCUAACGAUUUGAGUUUGAAAAGUGAAAGAUGGUCAAUGAUCUGGUAGAAUAGUGGCAACGGUUUUGUUGCAUGAUUAGGAGUGAAGGGUUGAACAUUAGAAACGGCAUCCAUCAUGCUGGAAGAAGAGUUGGAGAUUGCGCUGAAGGUGAUCGUGGUCGGCAAUGGAGGCGUCGGCAAGACUUCAAUGGUGCAACGUUACUGCAAGGGAAUCUAUACAAAAGACUACAAGAAAACGAUUGGAGUGGACUUUCUGGAGCGACAGAUCGAACUCGAUGGUGAAGAUAUCCGUAUCAUGCUGUGGGAUACGGCCGGACAGGAGGAGUUCGAUGCAAUUACUAAAGCAUAUUACCGGGGAGCGCAGGCUUGCGUGUUGACCUUCAGCACAACGGAUAGGGCGUCGUUUGAGGCGAUUCGAGAGUGGAAGGUGAAGGUGGAAAACGAGUGCAGUGAAAUUCCGACCGUGCUAGUCCAGAACAAAAUCGACCUCAUGGAUAAGGCCGUGGUGUCGUUCGAUGAAGCCGAAGCAUUAGCUCAAUCACUUGGCUGCCGGCUAAUACGGACCUCGGUCAAGGAGGACGUCAACGUGGCCAGUGUGUUCCGCUAUCUGGCGAAUAAGUGCCACCAGCAGAUGAAGCAGCAGUACAAUGCCGCGACACCGAUCACGCAGCCGACGAUCAGUGCAUUUAGUCCCACUUUCCAGUCGAAAGCCACCAACAACACCAUUCAAUUAACAAGGCCAUCCGUUAAACGAAAACCACUGCAGAAAAGGUGUGGUAUUUUUUAAACCUGAACGGGGAAUUCCGAGCCACAGAGUGCGAGGUAGAGAAAUGAUGAUGAUAGCAAUUGUUUAUUUAUCUGUGAGCUAUUUCUUUUUCUGUCCCCGCUUUUCCCAGGCACAGAGAGGGGGGGCGAGGGACACUUGGGUGGUGCUCUCUUGUUGAUAAUUGUUAAAUUGCAUGUCAGGAAUAAGUGGAGAAAUUGUUAGCAAUGAGUAGUAUUUUCAUGUGAAUGUAUUAUUUUUUUAUUCUAGGAAUUAAAGCAUACAGUUAGGAGUAGUUAGGGAUUUAUAUGAAAUUUGUGCCGCUCAACGAAUCUUAACAAAGACAUAGGCUUAAGAGAAACGGAUCGAAGAGAUAUGUAAAGAAUAUGAGAGAUGCGGUUGAUUCGAAAUGAACGUUGCUAGAUUUGGACUGUUGCAUUGUUGGUGGAACGCUAUUUGAUUAAUGAUGAUCAAAUUUAUUCAUAUGAGUGAUGCCUAAACCGAGUGCGAUUUUUAGCAAAGCGUGAAUAGUUUCAUAAACAACAGAUAUUCUAUUUUCUGUGAGGAACGUCCGACUGUUUGGCAAACUUAGAUAAACUUAGGUUGAAAUGUUAAUCAUGAGGUCUGAUCAUUUUUUUCUUCUUGGCAUUACAUUGGACAGAGUCUACUUCUCAGCUUCAUGUUGUUAAAUCAUUUCACAGUUGUUAACCGACAGAUUUCUUUCUCCGUUUAUCGUCUGACAAUAGACAAGACCCACUUUAUUCAGGAAAUAUGAUUAUUCUUUGCAUCUUUGAAUGCUAGUUAUGAUGCCUUUUGCUAUCAUUUAUUGGGAAUUUCAACUCAAUUGACCUCGAAAAGUGUCUUCUCAAAGGGCUUAAACUUUGUAAGAUAAAAGCUGUUUUAAUAUAAAGGUGAAAUCUUCGCUUUUGUUGUUGUUAUCUUCAAUUGAGUUGAAGGUAAUUGUCACUUCAGGCGUUGCGGAUUCCAUUUAAUGGGUAUAAUAGCGCCAUAGUUUACCCUAAUGCUCCCACAUUUUGCUCAUCUGAAACAUAACGAUUGGAGCACCGUUCGAUUUUUUUUGCUAUAGUGAA